CGCGCGAAUUUGGAUGUUGAUGUUUUGGAGUUAGUUAGCUACAUUGGGAGUACUGCAGCAACAUGUUUGCCUAAUAAUAUAAUCCCCUUUAAACCUCUAACGUUACGUGUUUUUUGGACUCAUUAGCGUAACGUUGGUGUUGGCAGGUUGUAGGGUAUUAGGGCUGGCUGUGUUUUAGCAGUGAAUGGAGGAUGAGCAGCCCAGGACCAAGCAGCAGAACACCCAACCCAGCUGACCUUUUUGAAGAUUUAUGGAGGCAGCUCAGAGAGUGCCAGCAGAAUGCACUUCAAGAACUGGAAGGAAAAGUGAGCAAGUUGAAAAAAGAGCGCUGUUUAGAUGCUCAGAGACUUGAGGUGUUUUACAGUCGCACCCAGCAGCUAAAGGAGCAAAACAAAACCCUGCAGGAUGCCAUCAGUCUCUUGGAGGAAAGACUCCGUGCAGGAGAGUGUGAUCGAUGUGCCAUCUUAGAGGAGAGCCUAAAAAAUAACCAUGAUCAGAAUUUGUGCCUCAUCGCCAAACUGAAGAAUGAAAGAAACAGCCUCGAGGAUGAAAACAGAAAACUACAUGCUGAACUGCAGAAAUUAAAGAUGUCUCGCUCAGAGUUCCAGCAGGCCUCUUCCCCGGAACAAGAAGAAGGCAUCAUCCCAGACUCACCGAUUCUGCCAAGCUCGCUGCCUGUGGCAAACAAACUGAAGAAACAAAAGAAUAUCGACAAAAUGAAGCGCGUUCGCUAUGCAGAGAUACCUCUACCACAGUCUAACAACUCACUCUUCAGAGUUCUGGAUAAGGAGCCUGUUGAUGCUACAAAGAAUUCUGACCGAGCACAAGUGCUUGUGCCCAACACAUGUGAAUUGGACACAUCCCAAAUCUCAAAUGAUGUGAAACUAAACCUGGAAGAAGCGAUAGCAGAAACCUGUGGCCUUGAACUUAUUGACAAGCCUCGCAUGAAAACGGAGACAACUGCAGGCCAGCAAAGUGGCUCCAAAUCUUCCUGGAAGUAUGGCGUUCGUUUAAAACCUUACCGCUCCUCCCCUUCAUCCACGCUGCUCCCCAGCCCAGACUCGACCACAGAAAGGUCCCCAUCACUUCUCCCAGGUGUCAAAAGGUUUGCCGAGGACGGCUCCAUUAACAAAGCAAAACGGAAGAAGGAGGAAAGUGAGCCGUUGCAGGAGGAGGACAGACAAGGAAUCCAGGAAGGGGUGGACAAACAGAAGGAAGGCAAACGCAUACAACCUGAACUGAUCAACCGAACGUCCACACCUUUAAGCAAUCAAAGCUUCAACAAGGAGCUGCUGGACAGCAAGGUUCAGUCAGGACAAAAUGGGACUUCCAACCAAAGGCCAAAUGUGUCUUGUGUAAGUCCUGCUUUUAAGAAGCCAAAUGUUAAAGGGGACGCAAACAAGGCCGGUGUUGGGAAGAAAGGAAACCCGCGGCAGGAUCUGAAUGCCUCGCAUGAACAACAUAAAGGGAAAAAUGCUGAAAGGAGGCACAAAGUGGAGCCCAUGUGGAGCAUUGACCCUGCGCUCGCCCUGUCCAUGUAUGACAGUGAGUGGAGAGGAGACGAGAAAAAGGAGGACGAAGAUGAAUGUCCUGGAGAAUCGGUAGAUACCGACUGCACUUGGGUCAGUCACAGCUUACUCCAGUGUCGGGGAGAAAAUGCCCGGGACAGAAGGGAGUGUGUGUCUGGACUGGGCGAGAAGACAACUGACAGUUUGGAUAUGAUGUUUGACACAACAGCUAACGGGGAGUACAGGUCUUACAACAAUUCACACUUGGGCCAAAGCCAGCCUUGUGGUGAUGAGGAUGAUGAAGAUGAAGAAGAAGAAGAAGAAGAGGGCGAUGAUCAACAAGAUCCUCAUGAAAACACUAUGAGCCAAAUGAAGAGGCGCAAAGCACAACGUCCAACAUUUGCACACGUGACUGUGGUUCGCAAGAAAGACGAGAGAAGAAAACUGAAGGGCACUACCUGCAAGGAAUGUGACGUGUAUUACGCCCAUCUACCAGAGGAGGAAAAGCAGAAAAAGCUGUCUGCCUGCUCGCGGCACCGAUUUCUGUAUAUUCCUCCCUGUACUCCUGAAAACUUCUGGGAAGUAGGAUUCCCAUCAACUCAAACAUGCAUUGAAAGAGGUUAUAUCAAAGAAGAGAAAAAUCCCCAGGCACGUACUCGGAGAAGACAACCAUUCAAUGCUUUAUUCUCCCCGAAGCAAAACCAGCAGGAGAGCUAAAAAAUACUUGAAUUGGUCCAUUCACAGAAAAGAAUUACAGUAUAUAAAGAGAAGGCCUGUCGCACAAUGAAGCUCUGUAUUAUACUGUGACCUUAUUAGGAAUGUUGACCCUUUGUCAUCUUUUAUUCAGUUUUAAGUGCAUAAUGUCAAUGUGCUGACUGUAUGUAUAUACUGUUUGACUGGUUUAGUUAAGACUUUUCUAGAUAGUGAGUAUGCUUGGGCUACGUUUGGGUAAAUAAAAAUGACUAUGACUCCAUGACUACGGAGUGAUGUAAGUGA